AUGACAAAUCUUUCAGAAGUGAAAGCCCAAUCAGGUAAUAAAGAAGAGAAACACGACCAUAAUGUCGAUGCUGCCCUCUCCCAGACAGAGGAAGAAGACAAUGCCCAUGAUGAUGAAGAAGAUAACGAUCAAGAGGAAUCUAAUGGAGCAGUUGAAUACCCCGGUACAGUGUUGCCUGAUAAUAACCCACAAGAAAUUGAUGCAGAUGUUGAUUUGACAGCCGGAUUUGAUUCCGAUACUGAGUUCAUUGAUCUCGUUCACUUGAAAAUUGCCUCACUUGAAGAUUUGGAUCUUUCACGAUUCAAGAAAUUGGAAUCGUUGUGUUUACGGCAAAACUUGCUCACCUCUAUGGUGGGAGUGAAGGACAUCUCUCCUACUUUAGAAGAGUUGGAUUUCUACGACAAUAGAAUAAAUCACAUAUCUAGUUCCAUAAAGCACUUGACUAAAUUACAGAAUCUCGAUUUAUCGUUCAACACCAUCAAGAAUAUCAAGAAUAUUGAAACGUUGGUUAAUUUGGAAAACUUGUACUUUGUGGCUAACAAGAUUAAAGAGAUAAAAAACUUAGAAUCUUUGACAAAGUUAGUUAAUUUAGAACUUGGAGGAAACAAGAUUGAGGUGAUUGAGAAUCUUGACAAUUUGGUAAAUAUAACCCAAUUGUGGCUAGGGAAGAACAGAAUACACAAAUUGCAAAAUUUAGACUCAUUGGUUAAUCUUAGGGUGCUUUCAAUUCAAUCCAACAGAAUAAGGAAAAUUGAGGGGCUCGAUAAUUUAAAGAAUUUGGAAGAAUUGUACUUGUCGCAUAAUGGUAUUGAAAAGAUAGAGAAUUUGGAAAAUAACACCAAUCUUCAAGUGUUAGACGUUACCUCCAAUAAAUUGACAGAGUUAUCUGGAUUGAAGCAUUUGACGAAAUUGACUGACUUCUGGUGUUCCUACAAUCAAGUGCUGAGCUUCGAAAAUGUAGGCAAGGAGAUGGGGAAAUUAUCUGAUUUGGAAUGCGUUUACUUUGAAGGCAAUCCUAUUCAAACCGAAAAUCCUACUGCAUAUCGCAGGAAAUUGAAGUUAUAUUUGGGUCCGUCGUUGAACAAGAUUGAUGCUACUUAUAUACAUGGAUGA